AUGGAUCUAGCAUACGCAACCCUCAUGAGCAAGUGCACUGAAGGCACUUUCUUGUACACACCACCCAAAGACAAAAUCUUCCAUCCAGGCUCUUGCGGCUUCUUCAACAAAGGCGGACAGUGGGAAUCGAUUACUGAUCUCACUGAUCUCAGUGAAUCCGACCUCAAUGGGUACGUCCGUCCUACCAAGCAGCUCAAUCUGAUGGAGCCGACCGUGUGCACAUGGAAGAAAAAGGUUGUAGAAAAAAACGAGGGCCAUGGCUUUGGCGUCAAAGCAGAGGUUUCCGGACUCGCUGCUCAAGCACCUGUGGACGUAGGAGCCAAUACCGCAGUAGGAAGCACUGCAAAGGCCGGUGCAGGCGUCAUCGUGUCACCAAACGUGGUGCACAAAACAUUUGAUACCAAAGCCCCCAAGAUAAUUCACGACUGGAUGAAGGACAACAUGGAGAGCUUAUCUGCUCAGCAUAAACAACAGAUUGCGGAAUUUGGCGUCUGGAUUAUCACGGCCACAUGGGUUGCAGAGAAGUGUGAUAUUGCCAUGUGGAACAAGACCGGCAACAAAAUCGAUCUUGGAUUCGACGUCGGAGCGACAAAUAUUGGCAAAAUCGGGCUCAAUGGUUCGCGAGAAAUUCAGUUCGAUAUUGACGAACACAUAGUAUAUGAUGAGCCGGGUGGAUACGCAAUCUCUUUUCGCGGCGUACAAUUUAGACCAAGCUCGAAGUUUUGGAGCAAUAAAUUGAAGGAAAAAGGCCCCAAGGAUGGCUUCCUGCGAACUGCCCCAAUCCAAUUUCUUGAUCGCGAUGGAAAUCUUAUUGAUGAGGAUGGUAAUCUUAUCGACAAAGACGGAAAUCGCAUUGACAAAGAGGGAAAUCUCAUUGAAGAGCCGGAGAUAUAUAUGGAGUUGGUUGGGUUUGAUGAGGCGGAUAUACAAACCGAGUAG